AUGAAGUUCUCUCAGGCCGUCAUUGCCCUGGCUGCUGCCACCGUUGUCUCUGCUCAGCUCCCAGACGUUCCCCAGUGCUCUCUCCCAUGCUUCCUCGACGCUCUGACCACUGAUGGCUGCUCCGAGUUGACCGACUUCAAGUGCCACUGCUCCAAGCCAGAGCUCCCAGCUAAGAUCACUCCUUGCGUCAAGUCCAAGUGCCCCCUUGCUGAGCAAAUCUCCGUCUCCAACGCUGUCGUCAAGCAGUGCUCUGAUGCCGGAAGCCCCGUCUCCAUCCCCCCAGUUGAGGAGUCCUCCAAGCCAUCUGAGCCCUCCACCAGCGAGGCUCCAACUGGCAGCCCAACUGAGAGCACCCCAGCUCCUACCACCGCUGCUCCAACCGGCACUGGUUCUCCAUCCGGCACCGGUGCUCCAGGUAGCCCAUCUGGCACCGGCACCUUCACCAACACUGGUGUUCCAACCCAGUCCACCCCCAUCUACACCGGUGCUGCUUCCGGUCUCUCUGCUAACAUUGGCGGUAUGGGUGCUGCCAUUCUUGCCCUCGCUGCCUACUUGUAA